AUGGAGAACGACAGCACACUCGCUUCCAGGAGUAACACCAACGACACGACCUCGAGUCUUGAUCUUGCCAAAGCGCACUCGAACGACACCAUGACAUCCAGCCUGUACUCGAUGCUUGCGAAUCAAGCCAUUGAUCGGCUGUCAGAUCAACAACCUUCGAAGGAGCAGAUCAACUAUUGCCCGCGCAUCAAAACUAGGACCGGGAAAGUCUUGUGCGCUGACGGCAUUUUUCGAGACCUUAAGACGAAGAAGCAAGAACGGGAAGAAAGGCUGCUUUCUACUGAGUUGUUCAGCUGGACGUAUAAUCUUCAAAGAGUCGGUGUGGCACAUCCUGGCUUAGAUGAUGGGCAGCUACCUGGGAUGGAGCAGGAGGCACCGACGUCUGUUCAGUGUACAUCCUCUCCACAAGUCUCGAAAGGUCAAAGUCUCGUCUCCAAAUCCGCUCGUGUUGAGAAGGAGGUGAGUCCGGGCGGUCUCAAGCGUCGCCCGAGCCUGGUGUGCAAGCUCUCGAGUGCUGCAAGGGAGCUGUUCCACGGCGGGUCUGUGAGGGCCAACAAGAAACUGGUGGCUGAUGAAUCUUAUGAGAGUCUAAGGCAGCAGAUGAUUGAGUGGGCGUGCUGGGAGAGAGAACACGCUUCUCCGCGGAAGGUCAGACCUGAGGGGAAUACGACUGCUGCUCAUGACAGCGCCGUGUACCUUGAGGACAGUCCGAACACGCGUGGCAAGGUGAACAAGCAGUAUCCAUCGCUCGAGCUCGUACCACAGCCAUUACGCGUCUCGAAGCAGCAGGAACAGCGGCGACAAGCAUUCAUGCCGAGCUCGCCGCCUUCUCGCAGGCUCUCCUCGCGCAAGCGUGUCGAUACUUCGCGCAAGAGCUGGAUGCCGCCGGAUCAUGGCCAUGGAGAAAUGGAAAUUGACGCGGGGAAGACUCAACAGACCGCAGGUCGCGUGAUACGUGCUCAGAGCAGAUCGUCAGGGAGGAUUCUCGUGCUUGCGGAACAGAUGGUUCGGAAGACUUGCAUCUAUGGCGGAGACUUUUUCUGA